GUACAUUGUAGAAGCAGCUUUCAGUUGUGCUCAUGGAAAUUCAUAGGAAUGUAUGUUUCCAAACAAAUCAUGUAAACACAAGAACCAUGAUCCAUUUGAGAUAUCUGUAAAAUCAGUAUCUUGAAUUUAUAUUUUUACAAUUGCGUUUCCAUAAAUAAAUAUUUGUUUUAUUAAGAACUUGACAUGUCUUGUGAAGAUUGGUUAAAAUGCAUCAAAGAUGCAAAAAAGACUGCUAUUAUUCAAAAUGGAUGUAGAAAAGUCCAUUAUUUAUUAAAAGAUAAUAAAGAAAUGGUAGAAGAAUAUCACUUAAAUACGGGUGUUCUUAUUCGAAGAAUUUGGAAAGAAAAAGGGAAACUUGGACAAGAAAUUGGUUGGAAAGUAGAGAUUGGUGAUCCUGAACCUAAAUUUCAAGAAAAUAUAGAAAUCAGUGGAAUUCGAGAAAGUGUAACUGCUCCAUCGGUGUCAAGAAGAAUGACAAAAAGUGCAUUAGAAUGGAGAAUAAGAAAUUUAUCAUAUCCGAAAGACGUUUAUUCUGUGACUGCUGAAGAAGAUGAAACAAUUACAGUGAGGACGAGUAAUAAAAAGUACUUCAAAAAGAUAGUAGUUCCAGAUUUGGAACGCAUUGGAUUAAAACCAAAACAAGAAAAUAUUUCUUUUUCUCAUCGAUUUGACACGUUAAUAAUAUUGUACAAGAAACCUGCAUUGCUUCUUGAAGUGGAAAAUAAAAUAUUAAACGAAGUUGUACAAAUAAAAACUAGAAACGAAGAUGUCCAGUGCCCUACUAGCUGAUUUAUAUAGUACAUUUUUACGUGAUUUAUUAUUACAUAUUUUAAACCUUUAUUUAUGUUCAAUAUUUUAUAACACAUUUGUAUACAAAUAUAAGUACUUGAUUUAAAAA